UGUAAACGAAUAUUUGAAGGAGUUAUGUUUUCUACGGCUGGUUUAGUUUGGCUGGCGUUGUUUUUCACCUGACUUCCUGUGCGUGUUUUGCACAAACCGUUGUUGGCUCACCCGGCUGCUAUUCGCCUAUUUCCUCGGAAUGUAGUUCAUGUCAGGCAGCAUUUUGUGCUGUGAUGUUUCCCAAUUUUUUUUUCCCAAUUACAUUCAUUUGAAAGACUUAGCCCAAGACUCGCAUUCCAGUUUUAAGGAUUCACGUGUGAAGUCUUUAUUGUCAACAUCGAGCCAGAGAAAAAGCCAAGAAGAAGAAGAAGGAAGGAAGGAAUUAAGUCAUGUCUGAUUGCAAUUAUAGCGAUAUGUCGAAAGGACAAACCAGCAGUGGAGCAGCAGCGAUGCAGAUUUGCUUCAGAAUCGAUUCAGGACGUGAUUUUACUCUCGAUUUUCAGCCUCACCAGACGCUCUGUGACAUCCUCAGUCGAACUAUCUACGAUAGCAAGAACUUUUGCGUGACCCAUAAUGGUAAAAUCCUCUUAUGGUACUUCCCUCUCUCCGAACAAAACAUUAAGCCCACCAACAACUACAUCGAAUGCAAAAUCCAUGCAAAGACUACGAAAACGCGGAAGGUCUGCGACCGAGCUGACCUCAGUAACUUCGAAAGCUUGUAUGACAGCGAUCCGGAUGUUUUUCUCAAUUCUUCAAACGGAUGUUUAGACUGCAACACCACUUCCGAGAUUUUUUGUGAUGGCAACUAUAGCUAUGGCUGCUAUUCUGACUACCAGAUCGGCAACUGCCGGAUCGAUAGACAAUCUCGAUCGUUUGCAGUCGACGACGACAAAAGGAACGAAAAAAAGAUCCGAAAGAGAGAAUAUCAGAGGAAACGAUAUGCUAAUAUGUCACUGGAAGAUAAACAGAUGCGACUGGAGCAGAUGAAAGCUUACGAACGGGCUAAACGUGCCCGAGAAACUCUAGCUGAGAGGGAAGCUAGGUUGAUGCGGUUAAGGAUAAAUCAACAUCGACGGAUUGAUAUCGAAAGUGAGCCUGAUCGAUCGAGGCGCUUGCAGAGACUUCAAAAAAAUCAACGGCAUCGAAUUCAUACCGAAGACGCAGAUGGUAGACACAAAAGACUGAUACGUAUGAAAGAAAAUGCGCGAAUGCGCGUCGAGAGGAGGAAAGCCAUAGCACAGAUAUUGGGAUCUUCUUGUAAGAAGGGGCGGAAAAAGACCUCAACUGCUGAAUUAUUGAUGAGACAAGCCGGCGACAACCUGACUUUCAUGAAAAUGAACUCAAAGAAUAUGUCAGGUCGUAAUCAAGGAUUUCCAUCCAUGGAGCAACAAGGCCAGAAAGACCCAAACGAUAGGCAAGAUGAUUUCAGCUAUUUAAGUCAAAAUGAUAAAAAUGUUUGUAAUACCCAGGAUGGAUCAGGGUUCGCUAACCAAUGUGACAAGAACAACAGGCAAGGAGAUUUGUCUUAUCUAGAUUCAAGUCAGAAAAAUUCCAAUGGAGAAUACUCUUACAUGAAAGAGAACAACAGUCAGUGCCAGAACAGGAACCAGCAAGGUGGGCACAAAGCUGGGAUGGAGCGUGGAUCGGCUGGUGGGGCUGUUUUACCUUGUAUGGACUCAACUAUGGACAAGGAUGGCCUCAACAAACAGGGUUUGGCAGAUAAAGCAGAUACUUCUGGAAUAUUUUCUCACUUGCAUUCUAACCAAAACAAAGACAUGACUGAUAAAGAAAUGGGCUUUGAUUGCCUGACGUCACCCCAAAGUAAUAUCAGUGAAGAGAAUGGUAAAACUGGAACGAAUGAAAGAGAUGGUGGAUUUUCUUAUAUUAGUGCAGCUCAAGGUUUGGGCCUCUCUGAUAGAGAUGGGGCUUUUCCUUAUCUCAAGCCUAACUAUAAGCCAACCCAAGUUGACUGUGUGCGAACUGAGAUUAUGACUCCUCGAAGUGAAGAUCUGUUAAACCUGGAUGCCAUUCAAAGUUCACUUGAUCCAUCGAGCAAAGGAACGGCGGCGAAAGCUGGUCAGAGCGACCAAAGUAACAACCUGACAUUACUGGACAUUGGUGGUCAACAGAAGACCGAUAAUUCAUCCUGUUCAUUUACUUCACCGAAAACCGUGAAGCGCAAGAAGAAAAAAUCCACACUCGGUCCGGGCGAAGCAGGAGCUGACUUUGGGCAAUUAGAAGAUGUAGGGACCCUGGAGAGGAAGCUUGAAUACAUGUUGGGGUCUUCAUUUUCGCCACUCAUUAGUCAAGAUUACUAUGACAACACUACAGCUGAGAUGAUGACGCCAAAAGACCGAAAAUUGCUGAAAAUGAGACUGAAGCAACGAAGGCGUCUUCAUACGGAGACUGAUGCACAGCGCACAAAGCGACUGAUGCGCAUGAAGCGGUAUCAGCACCAGCGCAUGGCAAACGAACCCCCCGAGCAACGACAGAGAAGGCUGGUGCGCAUGCGAGAGAACGCGAGGCGGCGCGAAGAGAGGAAAAAAGCCGUGGCACAAAUAUUGGGAAACACUCAGAAAGGGAAGAAAAAGUCGCAGGCGAUUUCAAUUCUGAUGCGACGCAUGAAAGAUAACGAGAAUAUAUUACAAUACCAGUCGAUUCUUAACCGGGAUAGUGGUAGUUUCCCGAUGAAAUUAAGCUCCAAGAACAUGGAUAAAAAUUGCGGCUACAUGUGUCAGAACGACAAAAGUUGCAGCAGCAUGCAAAACAGCCCCUGUUGCUCGGACCAGUGUGGGAAGUCAUGUCAGCAAGAGAAUCUAUGUUGCAACGGAGAUUUUCCUUGCAUGAAAGAGAAUGGUAGACAAUGCCAGAGCAGAAGCCACUCGAACGGAACUUCGGCUGGCUCUUACUCUUGUAUGGAACCACUCAGUACCAAUAAAGAUGUGAUGGACAGGAGCUCCACCGGAGAAGUCGUCUUCCCGUCUUUCAACCAGAUUCAGAACCAAGUGACCACAAACGGAGACGGAAACAGCUUCGGCUGCUACUCUUCGGAUCAGAAUAAAUCCAUGUCCAACAGCAUGUCCGAUUGUUCUUACAUGAACAACUGCAAUAUGGGGAAAGAUGGCUGCUAUGCCAACAUGAAAUGCUCGCAAGACUGCAAAAAGAGGAAAAAAGGAUGCGAUUGUCUUUCUACACCACCAAUGUCUUCUAUUGAUGAAGAUUGUUAUGAAUGUGCUAGUAACAUGAUGUGUGGACCAAACUGUGACCAGGGGUCGAAAUCUAAUGGAAACCAGUUUAGUGGUGGCUGCAUAAAUCCUCGUGAAAAAAGACUGGAACAGAUGCGACAGUACCAAAGGCGUCGCUUAGAGACUGAGUCACUUGACGAGCGCCAGAAACGGUUGGAACGCAUGCGAAUGAAUUCCAAGAUGCGUGUGGAGAGAAAGCGCAUUAUGGUACAAAUGAUGAAGACGGGACAAAAACCCCGUGGUAAAGGGUCAACUAUGGUUGAACAAGAUUCUCUGCUACGCUACACAGACACCUGCGGCCCAGAUGGAAAUGUAGACAGUUUCUGCAUUGAUCAAAUGAAAAGUAAAGACGACCGUCUGCAGACCCCAAAACCGAAUCCUAAUGAGGAGCAGUCUCCUGAUUUUGCAUACGUCGGCUCAAACCAAAAGGCAGUGACGAACAGGCAAUCGGACUACCUUUACUCCAAGUCGAACAUGUCAUCGGAAAACCAUGGCAAGACAAUGUCGGAUCGAGACAGCGUGUUUAUGAGCCGAAAUCAAGUAAACAAAAUUGUUCCUGAAAGGGGAAGCGUGUUCCCGUGUAUGGAUCAGAUUGCUGACAAGAACGAACUGGACAGGGCUGGUUUAGGGGGCCCAGUGUUUCCAGGUAUGACGUUGAUCCCUAACAAAGACACGCAUGACAAGGGCCCGGUCUUCCCUUGCAUGGAUCAGGAACAAAACAAAAAUCUCCCUGCCGACCGUGGAGUAACUGGUGCAGGGGCCGGUGCGGAUGUCUCUGCGGCAACGGCAGCAGCAACUGGUGGUGGCGGCGGUGGUGGAGCAACAACAUCAGGGGGCAGCAGCGGAAUGGCAGCGGGAUCGUUCUGCCUGAAUCCCUAUCAGACUGAGGUCCCUUCAGCUGAUAGGGCAUCUAUGUUUCCUUAUGGCGUUCAGUCGCAGAACAAAGACCCGAACGACAAAGCCGGUGGCGUGAUCCAUCCAUUCUUCAACCAAAACCAAAGUCGCAACCUCAAUGACAGAGAUAUAAACUUCCCCUGUAUAAUCCCUGAGCAAAACCGAAUGUCAAACUUCUCCUACAUGAAUCCGUACCACGGGGUUCCUGGCAGUAAUAUUGACCGCGAUGGAAACUGCUCUUAUCUGAAAUCGGUGCCAGACGUUAGGAAAAAAACUGACCAUGGUCAUCGGAAAAAAGAGGUUGAGUCUUCUAGUUCUGCAUUUUCUUCUUCUGUUGUUAACUAUGGAAAAUCUGCUGACGCUGGGAUGCAAAUGUAUUCCAAGCAGAGUUUGGGCUAUAUGUGUAUUUCGUGUGAAAGACCAUUGCCCAGAGACCAACUGAGUCGAUUUUCACCAUUUCCUGGUUCGCUGAUCCCGGAUCACGACCCCAAUAAACUUGCUGACGAGCAGAAGCAGUGGAUAUGCAAGACCUGUGAAAAAUUAAAAAGGAACUACCACUUAUUUCCGAACCCCGUCAGUUAAUUUUUCUGUUGUUUCGUAACAUGCAUUUUCGAAACAACACUCAACUCCACUAUCACUCCACUUUCACUCUCACUCCAUCUUAACUACUCUACACUCAAAACUAACAAACAAACAAACAAAAAAAAAACCAGAAAAAAACAGGCAAAAAAAAAAGAACAAACUGUCACAUAUAAAUGCAAAAUCUAUGUAUUUAUGAAAGCCAGUUGGUUUCUAUCAGGCAUAUGUCCACCUCCAGAAUCGGUUUUCUCCCUUGAAAUAUAUCUCUACUCUUUGACACUGAAAAAAAAAAACCCAAAACUUCUCUUUCUCUUCAUCGGAAAACAUGACCCUCACUCCCUCCCUCUCCUUUCUCUCUCUUUCUCUCAUUCUGUGCCCUUCCCCUCAAGACAGUGCUGUCUCCCUCAGAAGCAGCACUCCCAUGAUCAAAACCUGCACCACGACCUGGUCUCUGCUUUCAUCCUAAGACAGGCAUCCAGCCGUGUCAUUGCUCUUAAAUCCAGACUCAGAUCUUGCACUUUAACCUUCUGUCUUGACCUCAACGUCUGACCCUAAACCUAUGUCCUCAUUUCACCAUCUGACCCUAACCCUGUGCCCUAACCUUACCACCAGAUCAUAGUCCUAUACUGUGACUAUCCCAUCUAAUACCAAAAACCAGUAUUAUGACUGCCCUGUUUGUUUCCACCUUUUCACUAUGAUUUCCUUAUCUAAACCCUGUCUUUGGAUUGUGACCUCACUGAUGCUAACCCUGUCGUUUCCCCCUGCAAACAAAUUUAAUAUUCUUUCCCAUCAGUUGUCUUUUGUAAGUAAUAUUUUCUAACCCCAAUCCCCUUUUUUUUUUUUUUUUUGAUUAUUAUACUUGGCCCCCUUCAGAUAAAGCUUGGCUGGGAAGAAAAGGUACAAGACUGGCACCCCCAAUGAAUACAACACUUUAUUUGUUCUGUCACGUUUUCAGGGUCCUGUCCUGCUGCAGAAAUUAAGUCACAAAACCAACCUUCGGCAAGACACUUCAUUUUUUUUUUUUUUUAACUUCCCGGAAAAGGAACAACUUAUUUUGUCCAAUUUCACACUUGGUGGUUUCGCAGUUUGAUAAGGAAUCACCAUUUUGGAACUACCACGCAGCAAACAGCACCAGGGAUACUAGAUUAUACUCUGGUGAAGUCCAAGUUGGAAACCAAAUUUGCGACUAGGGUUUUGGCAUCAUCUUGCUGAGGGGUCAUUCAUACCACUUCUCGAGGAAGUCAAAGCUUGAUAGAAUUUAACCUUUUAUUUCACUACUAAUUAAUGUGAAGCCUUGGGUUAGCUUGUAAAUUAUCAUUAUUACUAAUUGAUGUGAAACAUAACGAACAAUAACAACCAGAAGAACAAUCUGUAAAUGAUUACAGAGGCCGAUUAACUUUCUUUCUGUUCACAUUGUCAUCUUUCAUUUCAUACAUUUUAAAUCAUUUUUUUUUGUUGUUGUUGGAAGCCAAGGUGUUAUUUUUUGGUUUUUCUUUCAAACCCCCUAUCAUACCCUUCCCUUUUAUGUUGUCCCUUCUUGUCUUUGAAGCCAAUCAAAUCCAAAGUUGUUUUUUUUUAUAGAAAUCGAUUAAUUACUUUAAAUUGCAAAAAAAUAGCAAAACAAACAAACAAACAAACAUACAAAGAAGAAAAAAAAUUUAUCCCUUUGUCCACUAAUAUUUUUGGAAUUCCUGUUUAAAUAUCAUUUUCUUUUUUUUAUUUUGUUUUGUUUUUCGAUUGUUUUUUUUCUUUCUGUUUCGACAUCUGUAGAAAUGCUUUGGUGUGUGGUGACAAAAAAUGCG